CCCCCCCUCAUCCCUCCGCCUUUGACAGACGCACUCUUUGACAGAGCACCACGCCCUCCUGGCACCCCACGCCCCUUCGAACGACUAUCACGCCCUCACCCUUCACCCCGCCUCGUUCCCCCGCAAUGCUCUCACCUCUCGCACUCGCCCUCCUCGCUGCCGCACCCCUCGUCGCAGCCCACGGCCAGGUCUCCUGGGUCUCCGUCGGCGGCCAGCAAUACCCCGCCUGGACACUCGACGACUACUACACCGCCGAGUACCGCGAGCAAGACCCCGUAUACGGCCAGAUCCCUGAGACGAAAUAUACCAGAAAGACUGAAGCGCUCGACCUCGGCUGGGCCGAGAUCACCUCAAACAACAUCGCCACUGGUGGGUAUGAUGUUUGCACGCGAUUCGACGACAUGUCUCCCGUUGGAACAAUCAAUGCCAACGCCGGCGACGAGGUUGUCGUUCAAUGGGACCAAUGGCCUACUACCGGCCAUCCGGGCCCGAUCGGUGAGAUGAUGGCCAAAUGCCCCAACGACAACUGCUCCAAGGUCGACGCUACUACCCUUGACUGGUUCUCCAUCGCCCAACACAACUACGAUGCCGACACCCAGCAGUGGCCUACCGAUGUCUUGGGUGCCAACGGUCUCCAGUGGUCGUUCAACUUGCCCACUGAUCUUCCCUCUGGCGCCUACAUCCUGAGGCAUGAGCUCAUCGCUCUUCACGAAGAGUACAAACCCCAGCACUACCCCAUCGCCAUGGAGAUCAAGCUCUCGUCUUCAGGCUCUAAUCUGCCCUCUCUUACUUGCAAGUUUCCAGCCUGCUUUGGCAGUUCCGACUGGGAGGAGCAGCACAGCAUCUGGGAUGGUGAUUUGACUCUCUGGCAGUUCCCUGGCAUUGGCGUUCACUCUGGUGGCUACACCACUGGUGUUGUGAACGGUGCUUCUGCUUCUUCCGGUUCCAGCUCUGGCUCGGACUCUUCCGAUUCGUCUUCUUCGGUCAAUUCUUCGUCAGCCGUGUCUUCCCAAGCGUCCACCGCCAGCGCUUCUCCCACCUCCACCCAGUCUUCCGGAGUUAUCUCUGUCGGAGCCUCGGUGGGAGUGUCCCUCGGCGCUGUUUCGACAUCUCUGGGUGCACAAGCGGCUACCAGUACCUCUGGCAAGACCUGCAAGAAGAACAGGAAGCGAAACACCGUCGCCAAGCGCUCUGCCGGUAUCCCCAAACGACACCUCCACCGUCAAGCCGCAUACCUGCAAGCCAAGCGUGCUUAGUCGCAACCCGUAUAGUAUAAUCUGUUGAUGAUACACGUCUAUCCAGCUUGUCAUGAUUUAUAUUCCUCAUCUUUCACCUGUUUAUAGGCAUUUAUGGAGCUAUCGCUGGACGGUAGUGGGAGCAGGGAUCAAGGCCCUGGCGUCCUUUUCCAAUUUAUUCGAUUUAUACUUGUUGACUAUAUGAUAUGAAAACUUUGGCCCCAGUGGUCGCAAUGUG